GUCAUUUUCAUGCGACACUGCUGCGAGUGAAUGUCAAGUCUGUCUUGACUCGUUUGCAUCAUAUAAACGACGGGCUAAAAUAAAAGCAAGACAAAUGAGGUGAUAGGUAUACUGUGUUCCUAAAAAAUGGAGUUAAAGACCCUACACGAGAUGGUGCAGGAGGCUGCAUCUGUUUACAGCAGCAGAACAGCUGUCACUUUUAACAGUGGCACGGAAAUGGGGAUGUCGAGGCUUACAUAUGAAGAGCUACUCUCGUCAAGCAACAAAUUAACAAACCUGUUUAGAUCCACCAGUUUACAAAACGAACAUUUAAUUGGACUAUUUUGCUAUCCGGAUGUCAACCUUCCUCUUUGGGUACUGGGUAUUCUUCAGCUACCCUCAGCCUAUUUGCCACUCAACCCCGAAGUGCCACCUGUACAGACAGUCAGAAUCCUUGACCGAUGUAAACUGACAUACUGUGGCAUUCAAAAUGAACUCCUUCAGCAAUUCCAAGCAGAUUUUUCCACCCACCUCACGUUUGACAUCUGUGCAGAGUGGCCAACACAGAAUUUAACUUUAAUCAGGAUACACAGAAGGCCAUCAACGGAGGCUCAAAACAAUGACACAAAUGCAGAGAAUAAAGUGCAGGGUCUGGAAGACCUCUCCAACAGUAUAAUCAAGACAUCUGCUGUAAUGACUGACUGCCAGAGGAAGCUAGCCUAUGCUCUGCACACAUCUGGUACAACAGGGCAGCCAAAGAUUGUGAGAGUGCCCCACUGUUGUAUAGUGUCCAACAUCAUGCAUCUCAGGACCCUUUUUGAGGUGACUGCUGACGAUGUCAUUUUCCUGGCCUCUCCUUUGACCUUCGACCCUUCCGUAGUGGAAAUGUUCUUGGCCCUGACCUCUGGAGCUCAGCUGCUUAUCGUACCCACAGUCAUCAAGAGGAUGCCCAGCCGUCUAGCCCAAGUCCUGUUCACACACCACCAGACAACAGUCUUACAAGCCACACCCACUCUUCUUGGACGCUUUGGAAGACGUGUCUUACAGCAGAAAGUUCUGAGCUCUGGCUCCUCUCUGAGGGUUCUAGCCCUCGGGGGUGAAGCCUGCCCCUCGCCUGCCGUCCUGAGGAGCUGGAGGCAGGAGGGGAACCGCACGUGCAUCUUUAACCUCUAUGGUACCACAGAGGUGUCCUGCUGGGCAACCUACCAUAGAGUCUCACAGACAGAAUCUACCCACUCGAUCACAGACUCUGUGCCUCUUGGUGAACCCUUAAUGGAUACUGUGAUUGAGGUCAGAGAUGAUAAUGGACAACUGGUCACUGAAGGGGAGGGGCAGGUGUUCAUAGGUGGGCAGGACAGAGUGUGUCUUCUGGAUGAUGAAGAGACCACUGCCCCAGGAACUAUGCGUGCUACAGGGGAUUGGGUAUCAAUACGAGAUGCUCAGCUUUUCUACAUUGGCAGGAAGGACAGUCUGGUCAAACGCCACGGGCAGCAGCUUCACCUUGAUGCUGUGCAGCAGGUGGUGGAGAGUUUGACUGAGGUGGAGGCCUGUGCUGUGAGCUUGUCCGAGGGAAGCAGACUAGUUGCCUUUAUCGUGCUGUCUCCUUCACACACAGAGGCAUUGUUCGCUUCCUCUAAUGCUCACCAUGGUGAUCAGGUCCCAUACCUCAGCAAACUCAAUAGAGAUGCUGUUUCCUCUACAUCCAUACACCUCCAUGGAAGCCCUGUGGUGUCCUCCGAUGAUCGCCAUGGUGAAUCUGGUGGUGAUGGUACCAUCCCUUUAGCAGGCUUGGAGAGAAGCAUCCAGCGCAGGUUGUCUGACCUUCUUCCCAGUCAUGCCGUCCCAGACUCCCUGGUGCUCAUCCCAAAAUUGCCACUCACCUCACAUGGUAAAGUGGCCCUAGAGGAGCUGAAGAUGAUGUAUGAGAGACACAGAGAGCACUUAGGAACCCACAAGAAGAGACUGUCUCCAGACACACUCAAAAAAAGAGUACAGAUACUCUGGAAGGACACGCUUGGUCUGUCUGAAGAUAUGGUGGUGGAGGCGGAGGCCAACUUCCUGCUGAGUGGAGGAGAUUCUCUCCAGGCUCUGCGCUUUUGUGACAGCAUUUCCGUUGCCACGGGGAUAAGCUCAGCAGGGCUACUGGAGGUUGUGCUGGAUGGCUCUUACUUGGAUAUUCUAAACCAUGUCACUAUGGCAACAUUCCCCAAAGAGCUUGAUUUAGACACUCGGGUUACAUCCAAGAGACAGCAUAGCGAUCCAGAAGCCCACUCUCCUAUUCCUCCCAAGAGGCAUAUUGAAGAUCCAUGCAUGACUGUGACAUCAAUUAGGCCUGUGGGAGUUGCUGUGGCCUUAGACACAUGGAUUGUGGGAUAUGUAGUCCGAAGAGCUGGAGAGGUUGUCAAGAUUGGUCCUUUACAAGCAGCUGAGAACAGAAGUACAAAUGAGAGUGCAAAAAGAAAUGAAUGUGCAAUACAACAGGUAAACUCAGAAACAGACCUUACCGUAACGGUUGAAGGAAAUGAAAACCUGAAAUCUCCUCAUGCGUCAAGACCCCCAAACAACUCAGCAGACUCGCUCUCCAGGGCUGCUUCUGACAUACAAGCAGGCACCAGCGUGGACACCCCUCGGCUCUCCCUGAGAGUGCGGUGGAGCUCAGACACAGGCAGGUGUGUGGACGCCUCUCCGGUCCUGAUGGUGGAGUCUGUCUCUGGUGCGGCCACUGUGUUCAUUGGCUCCCACUCCCACAGGAUGCAGGCGUUGGAUCUGGGCAGCGGAGAGCUCCGCUGGGAGCGGGUACUUGGGGACAGGCUGGAGUCCUCCGCCGCCGUCUCUGCCUGUGGGACUCUGAUUGUGGUGGGGUGCUAUGAUGGGCAGGUGUAUUUCUUGCGUGUUGACUCAGGAGAGACAUGGUGGACCUUUGAGACGAAGGAUGCUGUGAAGAGCAGUCCCACUGUGGACCCUUUCAGUGGCCUGGUCUACGUGGGCUCACACGAUGGCCAUAUGUACGCCCUAAACCCACAGGAGAAGAGUUGUGUGUGGAAGCGUCAUUGUGGUGGGGGUGCUGUGUUCUCCUCUCCUUGUCUGCACCCCACUCUCAGGCUGCUGUAUGCAGCCACAUUACGAGGACACCUGCUGUGUAUCAACUCUGCUUCUGGCGCCCCUGUGUGGACAAACUCAAGAGAAGUUCCCUUCUUUUCCUCCCCGUGCUCUUCCAGUAGUGGUGUCUUCAUUGGUUCAGUGGACGGAAACAUCUACGGUUUCAGCCAUACCGGUGAAAAGCUAUGGCAGUUCACCACCGGUGGCCCAGUGUUCUCCUCACCCUGUGUUGUGUCAGCACCUCCGGCGUCCAAUCAGAGGCUGGUGUGUGGGUCACAUGACGGCUGUGUGUACAGCCUGAGCAGCACAGAUGGCUCGCUGCUGUGGAAGUUCCAGACGGCGGGGAAGGUGUACUCCAGUCCCUUCGUCUUUCGCCAACCCCCAGAGAGACCACAGACCUUAGUGGCCGUCGCCUCGACAGAUGGGACGGUCUGGGUCCUAAACGGAGAGGAUGGGACAGUGUGUGCCUCUCUGUCUCUUCCUGGGGAGCUCUUCUCCUCCCCACUCGUAUGGGAACAGACCCUUGUAAUUGGGUGUCGCAAUGACUAUGUGUACUGCUUGGAGCUGACGCAGGAACCGGUAAUGAGCUCUGCAUAAAACUAUUGAGCAAUUCA